CGGGUUCAGCCCAGCGCUUUCGUGCACGCGGCGGAGGCCAGAGCACAACGAAGUUAUCUAGGAGCCUGCGCCAGCUGCAGCGCUUGAUGCAAUGUUAUUGUGCGCGCUAGCGGAAUUGCUUGUACACGAAUGAAGUGGUGUCUGACAGCGCCACACCCUGCGCCAACCACUUCACACUCAGCUUCACACUCCGACACUCGGCAGCUUGCCCCACCAGAUCCUUCGCCCACUGAUGCUUUCGCCCUCUUGCUAAGGGACCUGCCAAAGCUGUCUUGACGGGUCACGGGAGCGAUACCACCACGAGCUUGCAAUGCCGGGGGCGACCUUCGUGGUGGAGAACUACCUGGUGCUCGCCUUCGCCGUGGCCGUCACCUUUGCGCUGGCCUACCCGGUGCCGGGCCGGUUCCUGGUCAAGAUUGUGGUGCUGGGCAAUGUGCACAUCAUCCAGGAGAUCAACAUGGCAAUCGUGUUCUUCAUUUCUGGUCUGGCACUAAAUACAUCGGAGCUCAAGAAGGCCCUUGCGCGGGAGAGCUUGCCCACCGUCAUAUUCGGCUUUGUCAUGAUCUCCUUCGUCACUCCCAUCCUGGGCUUUGCGAUGCGUGAGAUCCCCCUCACGCCGCCCGCCUUCGCCGUGGGCCUCACAAUCUUCUGCCUGGUGCCCACCACGCUGGGCAUCGGCAUUGCGCUGGUGCGCUCCUGCAAGGGCAAUGAGGCCAUCGCGCUGCUGCUCACGGUGGGCACUAACAUGCUGGGCGUGUUCCUGAUGCCGCCCUGGCUGCGCUUCCUGUUCCUCAACUACGACGCCGGCAUCAAACUCAACAUCAACAUCCCGGACCUGCUGGCAAAGCUCAGCAUCACCAUCCUGGCGCCCUCGCUCAUUGGCAAGGCAAUGCGCGAGCUCUUCAAGCCCGUGGAGGAGUUCGCCAAGACCUACCGCACCGCGCUGUCGCUGCUGUCCACCUCCAACCUGGCCUUCAUCGUGUGGCAGACGCUGAGCGGCGCGCGCGACCUGCUGUUCGAGCAGCGCGCCAGCAUGAUCGUGUCGGUCAUCGUGCUGGCGGCCGCCAUCCACGUCUUCUACCUAAUCAUCAACUACAUCCUUAUCAAGUUCGCGUUCAAGCCGCCCAUCAAGGAGUUUGUGGCGUGUGUGGUCAUGGCGUCUCAGAAGAGCGCGCCCGUGGCCGUCACCGUGAUCAGCUACGUGACCAGCGACCCGGCUCAGCAGGGCUUGUUGGCCAUCCCCUCGAUUGUGGGCCAGAUAUCUCAGAUCUUCAUCGGGGCUGCGCUGGCCAAACGGAUUGGACCUUACGUCCAAAAGGUCACGAAGGCGCAGGAGGCCGCGGCAAAGGCCGCCGCCGCCGCCGCGGUUCCCAAGGACGCCGUAGAUGCCGCGGAGCAGGGCCGCGCUGCCGAGGCCGCCGGUGCGGACGCCGUCGCGGCCACCACCGGCGCCGGCGCACUCGCCCAUGGCGACGCAGCGCUGGCGGCGGCGGACGGCGCAGCUGCCGCGGUGGCAGCCGUCGACGCGCCUAGCAGCGGCAGCAGCUCCGGCGACUACUAUAAAGGCGAUGUGCCCUUGCCGGGCGAUACAGAGGCGGGGUUGCAGACAGCGCUGCCGCCGCCAUCGCCGCAGGAGGCGAAGGCGGGGGCAGGCGCGGGGACUGACACACGUGCGUAGCGCGGCUGGUCAGGGAGCUGCGCGGCGGGCGCAGGCGCACACGGCGCUGGCCUUUUGCAGGCCGGACCAAGGGUGCGGACUGGUGGGUUUAACGAAUGGCUGAGCGGCACCGGCGGAGAGCCGAUGAGGGCUCCGGUACAUAAAACCGCGCGCGCGCCGUGCAGGGCUGUGUGGGCGCGCUCUGGCCCAGCUUGGAUGGCGUGGGGGCCGGCUUAGUAACUGCAGCGGCGGUCUGUGUGUUUGUGAUGUUGCUCAAAUGUUGCUCGAUGCGUGUCGGAGUAACUUCGAAUGCUUUAGUCCGUGCAGCCUGGCACACGGGCAUCUGACAAAGCCGGAGCCUAGCGUACGGGCGAGGGGGUUUGGCGCAGGGGCGUGCAGGUGGAGGGCGGAGGACCAACCCACAUGAUGCCCGUUGAAGCCUGUCACGCACGGACGCCACAGCCAAGCCCCGAGAGUUUUGCAGAAGGAAUUGAUUGACACUUGAUGCGGUGAGAUCGGAACCAGCUCGCGUUGGUGGAAUAAACUGCUGUACAUCACUGUGGCCAUACUGGCUGUAGGGGGGGUCCGGGGCGCUAUCAAUGAUUGCUUUGUCUUCGUGUGGGAUGUUGUGCAUUUGCUCGUACGUUUGGCGCUGCUGGGUGUGAAGGAUCGGUGAGCGCCGCAGCCAGUCCUUUGGGGCAUUCGAAAUUAAUGGUUGUGACACGAACCGUGGGAAGGCACGUGGGAAGGCAGGUGGCUUGCUAGAUGAAGGCCGACCGGCGUUAGUCGGGGGCACAGUGGAACGCCAAUUGCUUGCUUGUUGCGUCAGCCAAGUGACUGCGACGAGCGCCAGGCAGCACACGGGAUGUGCGUAGGGUAUGUUGUGUUAGGCAGACGAGUGCAACAAUGCCGGGGUCUUGUUGGGGGGGGGCAGGGUGCCGCAGUCACGGCAGGUCCAGAUGCCGGUGGCGGUGGUCUGGGCUCACAAGGUUAGGCUGCCUGGAACCGCUACAUGCCGGAACCAGGACGCUUUCA